CAACUACUUCUACAACUAUCGCCCCGACCGGGCUUUCUCCCUCCCGCGCUUCUCCCUAACACUUUAUUAAUCGAUAUCUGCUCAUCUUCAUUCGCUCUAAGCGAGUCCCCUCUCGGUUACCUGUAUCUGUCCUUAAUUACCUGGUGGUAUCACCUAUCGCAUAAUGGAUGAACAAGAAUACCUUCAGCCUGGGUUCGAUCCCAACACCCUUAAAGUCGCUGAGCUUCGCGGAAUACUUUUGGAGCAUAGUGUCGAUUACCCCUCAUCUGCUAAAAAGGCUCAACUCGUGGAACUAUUCAACUCCCAGAUCGCACCCAAGGCCCGCCGUAUCUUGGGCGCCCGAUCGCGGGUGAAAGCUUCGGUCCAGGGGAUAAUCGAUAUGGAAAGUGAAGGUGCGUCUCUAGCGGAGGCCACCCCUAGACGAUCUUCUCGCCGGACUACUCGCAUGGGAACUGCCGAGACCGAGGACGAAGUGGAGGAUUAUUCCCGGCGGAGCCCGCGGAAACGUUCUGUUUCAGCAAAGCGCCAGCUUAAUAAACCAGCAAGACCCAGCGAGGCUCUCACAGCCGAGCCGGAAGACCAACAACCGCCACCAUCUACCCGAAAAACCAGGAACAGCGCUUCCCGUCAGACGAUACUUCCUAGCGAUGGCCAGCGAGACUUUGUACUCCCUCAGAUAAAGCUUUCUGCCUCAGAUGAGGAGAAGGAGGCUUCAGUGUUUUCUUCCCAGAAUCCUUUUCAAAGCGGUUCGCCGCUUGCUAGAUCCCCAGAUCGGAGUGACCGACGCAAGACCACGGGAAUGACCAGCGAGAGACGCCGUAAAUCAGAGGCUGCGAGACGUCAAACGGAUUUUCCUAUUUCCCCUCGUGCGGGAGAUGAGCGAGGGGAUAACUAUACUCCAUCCAGCACUCGGGUGAUUCCUGCCUCCCGGGGUUUCGGGAUUCCUCUCUCCAGACUACCAGCAAGCCCUAACGAACCGCUCAAUGGCGUAAUAAAGAAGGAAGAAGUGGAGGAUGAUUAUUCUUUGGAGCCUGGAGAAGAAUUCACUCCAGAAGGCACCGCAGAGGUUGCUGAAUCAAGCCCAAUUGUGCGUCGUCCCAGGGGUGGAAUUCAAAAUGCCGCGAGCACAAGCAUGCUUUGGGUCAUCGUAAUUGCACUUCUUAGCGGCUACUUUGCCUGGUGGAGGAAGGAGAAGUUGGAAGUCGGCUAUUGCGGUUAUGGAAAAUCGACUACAAGCAUGCAUGUCCCUGAGGACGAUUGGACCAAUGUUCUUCGUCCUCAAUGCGAGCCAUGUCCGCCAAAUGCCAUCUGUAGGCCCGAUUUCGAGGCAACCUGCAAUGACGAUUAUGUUCUUGUACCAAAUCCAUUGUCGCUCGGUGGACUGGUUCCUCUCGCACCUGUUUGCGAACCUGAUUCCCAAAAACUCCGAAAAAUAGCCGUAUUAUCAGAUGAGGCAAUCAGAGUAUUGAGAGCUAGGGCAGCAGAUGUGGAGUGUGGGGAAGUAGCACUAGGCAAGGAUGAGGAGGCAGGUGUCUCGGAGGCCUAUCUGAGGCAAGUGCUGUAUGACCUUAAAGCCCCAAGCUUGUCGGACGAGGGAUUCAGUCAGCUAUGGCGGAACGCUCUAGAAGACGUUUCGAAUCGAGAGGAGGUUGUGUAUCAUCAAGAUGGCCAAGGACAAACAUACCUCCAGUCAACCUCUCUCGCAAGUGUUCCGCUCCGCUGUGCGAUCCGAAAAUCAAUCUCCGGAUCCAUGGCUAGGUACCGAGUCGAACUUAGUGGAAUACUGUUCUUUGCCUUCCUCGCGUUCAGCCUUCGCAAAUCCAUAAGUUCAAACCGCGUCUACCAAAGUCAAGUAACGGGGCUCGUUCACAUAGCCCUCAAACACCUCACCCGCCAAGCCCGUGACCACCCACGUGAACCGUGGAUCGCAAUCGCGCACCUCAGGGACCAGGUAUUACAACACGAAUUCAACACCGAACGGCGUAGGAAGCUGUGGGAAGGGGUGCAGAAGAUUGUCGAGAUGAACAGCAACGUUCGUGCAGGUGAGCGGGAGAUUAGCGGGGAGGUUAUGAGGACAUGGACUUGGAUUGGGGGUAGGGUUGCGCUGGGUGGCAAGGAGGGUGAGAGCGAGGCUGUGGUGGGCUUUGAUAAUGAUAGUAACGUUGGUGGUGGUUCUCGGGAGAAGAAGUGGACUUCAUAUCCGAGGGUUAUUGCUUAAGACUGUAUGGGCUUAAGACUGUGGCGGCUUUAUUUUAUGUGUUUUUUUUUCUUUUUUCUUUUUACUUUUCUUUUUUUCGCUCUUUUUCUUCUCUAUCAAUCAGUGGUCGACUGGUUUUUGUGACUAGUGUUUUUUUAUUUUAUUUUUUUACCUCUUCUCUUUCUUCUAUUCUUUCCGUCUUUAUCCUUUCAUGUAUCACGAGAGUAACGUUCGGGGUGGGAGAGUGACGAGGGCUCUGUAAGUUCUAUGCCUGGCUUGGGAGCAGGGAGCCAUCAAAUGUGUUGCUACUACUGCUACUACCACCACCAUUAUCACCACAUGUUACGGCAUCUGCCGUAUGUCAUUACGCAGAAGACGACAAUCCUUUAUUAUCAGAUAACAAUCAAAAAUUACAUACUGGUAGUAUCACACACAACA